AUGGCACCGGCCGUCCCCGCCGUCGCUGAGGCAGCGGCCAUUUCCUACUGCCAAAGGCAGAGCAGACCUGGCCUGAGGCCGGACCCCCCCUCUGCCGCCUCAAGCACGAGACAGGCCUCGACCAGCACCUGGGGGGGGGGGGUACUCCCGCCCUUCCCCUUUAUCCUCGCCUCUCUUCUUCCCAGGACAAAAACCCAGAACUUCUGCCGCAAUGAGUACAACCUGACCGGUCUGUGCAACCGUUCCUCCUGCCCGCUGGCAAACAGCCAGUAUGCGACCAUCAGGGAGGAGAAAGGUCGGUGCUACCUGUACAUGAAGACGAUAGAGCGGGCGGCUUUUCCCCGUCGACUCUGGGAGCGGGUCCUGCUAAGCAAGAACUAUGAGAAAGCACUGGAAGAGAUAGACGAGAACCUCAUCUACUGGCCACGGUUCAUCCGACACAAAUGCAAGCAGCGAUUUACUAAGAUCACACAGUACCUUAUCCGCAUCCGGAAGCUGACGCUCAAGCGACAGAGGAAGCUCGUUCCCUUACGCAGAAAGAUUGAAAGGCGAGAGAAGAGGAGAGAGGAGAAAGCCCUGAUCGCCGCUCAGCUGGAUAACGCCAUUGAGAAGGAAUUACUGGAAAGACUGAAACAGGAUACAUAUGGAGACAUUUACAACUUCCCCAUUCACGCCUUUGACAAAGCUCUACAACAGCAAGAUGCAGAAAGCGAGAGCGAGUCCGAUGCAGAGAAGGAAGAAGAUGAUGAUGAGGACAUGGAUAAAAGAGAGUUUGUGGAAGCAGAUGACAGCGACCUCAGCGACUUUGAGGACAUGGAUAAGUUGGAGACAAGUAGUGAAGAGGAGCAGGAGGAGGAGGAAGAAGUAGAGAAGAAAGCCCCUCGCUCCAAAUCUAAAGGGAAAACUCCACUGAAAGGACCAGCCAGAAGAAAACGUCCCUACAUUGAAAUAGAGUAUGAAGAAGAAACAGAGCCAGCCACCAAAACAAAAGCAGCCUGACUCCUUCCUGAACCUGGAUUUUGUACUGAAUGACAGGACUCCAGAUCCGUCACUAAAACUCCUUCCAGCUUUCACCACUCUGUGCAGGACCCUCAAUAUUUACUCCUUUUUUCAUACUCCAGACUAGCAAUUUUCUUUAAGAAAAGAAGGGUUUCUGUCCUGACCCCAGGCAAUCGCAGCAAGUUUGUACAACUCCUGCACGAAGUGCAGUUUUUAGGGAAGGCGACUCCCCACCGUCUCUACAACCACACAAGGCUCAGCUCGGACUGUGCUCUGGGAAGGAACCUAGACUGGGGGCACUGCUGCUUUGUUCUACAGCUGGAGAAGCCCGCAUGUGGCUAGGCGAGCAUGCAAGUGCGUCUUGUUUGGGGCAGGUAUGGGGCUAACAGGGGUGGGAUGAAAGAGACAGCAACUUUAAAUAAAUAAAAUUUACUGUACAAAAAGCGGGGGUGAGCAUUGAUCAGCCACGCCUCACGUGU